AUGGUUGUUUAUGGUGCGCACUUUGUGUUCUUAUCGCAACUGCUAUCCAUUCCUGUUAGCUGCGUCCAGACUGGCACAGUCACAGAGAGGACGCAUAAAGCAGCCCUAGGCGUGAUGAACAGGGUGGGCGUAACCAAAUACAGGAAACACGCGUUCAACAGGGCCAGGAGGACAACUGGCAAAUUCUUGUGGCCUGACUCCGCCAACCGCCAAGGGGAGCUCUACGCUGGCGCGGCAGACCUCACAGACAACGUCUCCUGGGGCUGGCACCACCCGAGCGGCAUCUACAACACCAUCCCGGUCGGCAGCCCCCUCAUCGAUGACCAGUCGAACAUCUACAUCGGCGCCGACGACGCCAUCCGGAAGUUCGACAUCAUGGGUGACAUCAAAUGGAGCUACGCUCCCCGAGGACAGCUCGCAGCGGCGCCCACCCUCGUCGCCGCCAGCAGCCGGCGCCUGGCUGCCCGCGUGAAGAAUGAGUUGAGCGCGCAAGCAGAGGAGUUGCUGCGGCCUGACUGGGCCAAAGACAGCAAGUCGGACACGGAGUUUGCGUCUCAGUACUUCAAGGACUUCAGGGUCGGCGACGUCGUCAAAGUGAAGCCCGGCCUGAGCUACCGCGCGGAUGGCAAGGAGUUGUAUAAGGACGGCGACCAGGGGCUGAUAUCCGGCUUCGUUCCAGGGGAUGGCAAGGACAGCAGGGCCGUCAUCCAAUGGACGCGCACUGGGCACAAGAGCGUGCUGGAGCUCCACGCCAUGCAGAAUCGCUUCGUGCGCGUACGGGCAACGGAGGAGCAGGCCUCGCUGCCCCCUAUGAUUGUGGGGAGCACCACCUCCGGCUACGUGUUCGCGCUCGACAUCGACAGCGGAGAGGAGCUGUGGGCAACCUGGGCCUCGAACGACAUCGCGGGUGUCAAGGGGGCUGUGGCGGCCAAGGAUGGCAUCGUAGUAGUCGCAACCGACAGAUGCACUGACAGGUACUGCUACAGGUAUCGCAACCAGACCAUGAGCCUCUGGCCUGGUAAUUCCUACGUCCGGGGCUUGAGCGCCGCGGACGGCAGCGCCGUCUGGGAAUAUAAAACCAUGGCGCCGACAUGGAAUAUGGUCCCGCUGUGGGGCCCAAGCUCCAACGUGUUCUUCCAAGACUACGAGGGCAGGGUGUACAACCUGGACUUGCAGACCGGCGCUGAGAUAUGGAAGUCCGGUGGCAACAUCGGGACGAACACCAACGCAGCCGCCGUGUACGAUCCUGGCCACAACAUGGUCUUCGCCCUCGGCAUGGGCUAUUACCAAAGCAAGUAUUGCAAUCCUUACGUGGCACCUGGCAUCCUUGUUAAUUGCAACACGUGGCCGGGCACCAGGGGCUUUAUCCGCGGCUACAAUGCUACGUCUGGCAGGCAACGCUGGGAGACUACAACGCCAGAGCCGCCAGCCAGCGCCGCCGUCGGCAUGCUCAACAGUCAGCCUGGUCACACUCGUUUGGUGGUCACCAUCGGCUACAACUGCCUCAUCAAUUCCCCUACGCAGAUCUGGUCCGUCGAUCCGCACAGCGGCCACAAGCGGUGGGAGAGGGAUGGCCCGACGCUGUGGUCUAAUCAGUGUGCUGGCGACAAGGAGGGCGCCGACAUCCGCAGGGCUAUGGGCGGCCGCGCCGCCUGCGUGCCAAACAGCUGGUCCACACCGGCGAUCGAUUCGAACGGUGACGUGUACGUUGGCAACCAGGUCGGCGUACUGCAGAAAUGGGGAUCGCCGACUGGGAGGACAGCGGACGUCGAGCUUCUCUCGACCUUGACCACUGGUCAUGCCUUCCAGGAUGCAGCCAUCGCGUUCGGCGACGGCAUCAUGGCCAUAUCCACAUGCACCUCCCUCAUUGUCUUGCAGACUUGGACAGACUACUUCGCAGACAACGUCACCGUCACGGCUCCGCCGAACCUUGAUGGCGAACCUUACGGCUACGACCCCACCCGCCCACCUGCAUGA